CUUGUCAUUCUUUGGCCUUUCUACAAUCCCUCAUUAAUCUUUAUACUUAUCCAUUUCUCACAUCGGGUUAGGGUUCUACUCUUCUGCAAAAAAAGGAAAGGGGCAAAUCGAAAAUCGAAGAAACACACCAACUGUUUGAGGAAAUGUUCAGAAGAAACAACAAAGGCCAGGAUUGGUUCCAUCACUAGAUCAUUCAUUUUUUGUUGAAUCAGAGGUGAAUUGUAUAAGUUAGAUAGUUUUUGGGUGUUUGUGAUUGGGGGAAUUUAGAAGGGAGUAAAUUGUUUGGGAAGGAUGCGAGGACGAUGUGGAAGGAGAUCGGAGACAGAGAAUUUGGCAAGCUUCGCUCUAAUUUAUUCAGCAAUCGUAUUAAGUCGGCUCGAAUCGCUUCUAUUCAACUCUCCAACUACAAAGAUAUCAUUUCUCCUCACCGUGGCUCCGUCAACUCCCUACAGGUUGAUUUGACAGAGGGACGAUAUCUGUUAUCCUCUGCAUCGGAUGCAUCAGUUGCUGUUUAUGAUAUCCAACGUGCAACUGAUUACGAUGAAAGUGGUCUGAUUGCAAAGCAUAAGCACAUAUGUUUGGUUGACAAGCAACAUGAACAGGGCCAUAAAUAUGCCAUUUCAACAGCCAUCUGGUAUCCAAUUGACACGGGACUUUUUAUUACAGGCUCUUAUGAUCAUUACGUUAAUGUCUGGGAUACUAACACGACACAGGUAGUAGUUAAUUUCAAAAUGCCUGGAAAAGUGUAUAAGACUGCCAUGUCUCCGGUGGCUACAUCACACAUGUUGAUUGCUGCUGGAACAGAAGAUGUUCAAGUUCGUCUUUGUGAUAUUUCUUCGGGUGCAUUUGCUCACACAUUAUCUGGCCAUCGUGAUGGAGUAAUGUCAGUUGAAUGGUCUGCUUCUAGCGAGUGGAUUUUGGUAACAGGGGGAUGCGAUGGUGCCAUUCGCUUUUGGGACAUCAGGCGUGCAGGAUGUUUUCGUGUUUUAAAUCAGUCUCAUUCUCAGCUUGGAAGACGCCCAACUCUUCUUACACGUUCCACUGCAAACAAGAGUUCCACGCUGAAAUCAUCUUCAGGAGGCCCAAAUUCAUCUGCAAAAGGCCGUCCAUCUCAGAAGAAAAUGGGAAAUGGUGUGAGUAUCAAACACACUGCAAUUGCUAGACAAGUUAGGGGGUCUGGGAAGCAGCGACUGCAUCCAGGGAUGCUCUCUAGUCAGGAUAGAGCCACUGCUCAUUAUGGUGCUGUCAAUGGAUUAAAAGUGACCAAUGAUGGAAUGUAUCUCCUUAGUGCAGGUUCUGAUUCAAGGUUAAGGUUAUGGGAUAUUGAAUCUGGUUGCAAUACACUUGUGAACUAUGAAACAUCACGACUACAGGCCACCAAAGCCACACAGUUAGCCAUAUCUCAUGAUUCAACUCUUGUAUUUGUGCCAUGCAUGUCAACUACUAAGGCAUUUGAUUUGUGGUCGGGCAAGACGAUGAUGGAUUUACGUGGCCACUAUGAAAAUGUGAACUGUUGUCUGUACAAUUCACUGGACCAGGAACUAUACACAGGUGGUAAUGACCGGAAAAUUCUUGUGUGGUCUCCAAGUAAAGCCACUACUGAGGAAUUGGAAGGGAGGGAUGGACAAGCUUUUGCGAUCGACCAAGAUAAUUGGAGCGACUGAGUAGCUCACGAAAUUUUCGUGGUUCCAUGUUAAGUUCAACUUUCAGUUUUCUUCACUAUACAUUUGCUUGAACAAAGAUGUAAUAAACUGGAAUCUGAUGCUGUACAACAAUUUCCUAUUUCUUUUUGAAACGCUCAAAUAAUACACUGUUUGUAAUUGAAGUUUGACCGGCGUUUCAGAAAUUUUACACUGAAUAAUUUACGGAAUUUGCGCCUUAUAA